UAAAAUAUCUUAUUUGUGCUUUGCUUUUCUGAUAUAUUUAGCUCUAUAGGGGGGUGGUUUUUAAUCUUGUUUUAUGUAACACGAUGUAUUUCUUUUGUUAAUGUGAGUGCCUAAGUUGCAUGAUGUUAAUUAAAUGCCUGCAACUACCUUGGGAAGUCCUAAGUGAGCUGGAGGUGCCUGGUGUGAAAGCAGUGUCCUGCUGCUGGGGCUCCUGCUCUGCUCUCCCUUAGCAGGGGUGCGUUGGACCAGUGCUGUGUGUGGGUAGCAGCGAUGGAGCCUGGCCUCCCUGCUCUCCCAAGGAAGAAGGCAGCAGGCAGGUGUGCCUGGCAGAGCCUCCUCUGCCUCCAUCCCCGCAGGCAGAAGAAGAAGGUGGCUUAUUCCAUCUACAUCCACAAGCUCCUGAAGCGGACGUGGUCCACCAGAGCCUCCUGCCUGGCAGCUGCUGCCCUUGCCUGGCUGGGCAGACCCCAGCUGCUCGGGGACGUGGCGCUGGAGGCGGCCCGGCUGUCCCUCUGUGGCAGAAGAAGCCACCUCAGGUACCAGGAGGUCCUGCUGGCCAUGAAGCUGGUGCUGCUGCGUGAGCUCUGCAAGCCUCCUCCAGGAUCCUCAAGCUGUCAGCUGCUACUGAAGGGACUUGGCAAGAUGGGACAGUCUUAAGAGUAUUUUAAUGUGGUUUUGGUAAAUAAAGCGUUUAUUAGCGUUGUUUAACAGAGCCUCCUAUGUGUGCUGGCAGCACUG